AUGGACAGAACUGCUAACGUCGAGAUAUUGGUGCAUGUCACAGCACCGUGCAGAACUGUCGACGAUGCACGCUACAGGACACUGGCACAGGCAUAUCUUGACUUCAACCCGACGCAUCCUUCAAAAAUAAUAAGCAGAAUAUCGCCUGUUACUGGAGAAGAAGAAGUUGUCCCUAGCUCACAGGCUGACUUCCCGGCACUGCCUGCCUGGUCUGAUGCACCACUACCAUCAUCGAUUCCCAGCAGUGAUGCGACAGAGCCUGCUACCUCGUCACCGCUACCAUUAACAAUACCACCACCUCCUCAGUCUCAAUCAAUUUCGUUUACAUCAUUCCACUCCCAGGAGCUGUCAUUUAGGAGUGUCCUGGAUAACAGAAACUCCCCUGGCCUGGCCCAGCCACUCAUAGCAAGGGACGUUGUACUCUCAUCCCAACCAGAGGUGGAGUCGCAACAGGCUCAGAGCAGUUGGCAGGCUCCCCCGAGUGUUGUUGAUGAUUCCCAACCCCUGAACACUAUCAGUCUCAGAGAGUUCUCGUCUCCCAGUCGUUUAUUCGAACACCUGGCCUGCCAGUUUGACAGCCAAGCCGAUGGUGUAUCGCAGCCACUUUCGGAGUUUCAGCAACGAAAUCCGGCUAUACCGUGGAAGUCAACAACAGCACUAGCCGGGAAAAAAGACGGACAAUAUGAGGAUGAGGAUGAGGACGAUGGUCAGGUCGUUCUCGUGACAUCCAGCAGUUUGUCAAUGGUCAGCAGUGGAGCGACUCCGGGCCCUGCUUCUUCGGCAGAGAAUGUGGUCUUAAGAACACCUUUCCCUGUCUUCAAGCGGCCACCUUUACCAAGCUCAUCGUUCGAGCAAGUGAUACAGGACACGCCCUGUCUGUCCUCACGAAAGAGACCUAUGCCUUCAUCGCCCACCCGAGCCGCCUCCGAGUCCCUCCCGUCUAAACGGCACAGACGAUCUGCGCCCAUCUCUGAGUCGAGGUCGGUAAUCACCAGAAGCUCGUCAGAUACCGGGGUCGUUCCAAGUGACCUCUAUCGCCCUAUACGCCCCCCGAACGAGCGGCAUCUGAGCUACCUCGAACGUUUCGAGAUUCAUCCACUCGGUCCUCCGGUCGGGACCUCGGACUUGACCCCCGAUGACCUCCUGACGCCCAAGCUCCGCGAGCUAGCCCGCCAGCUCAAUAUCGCGAAGCGGUACUCCCCCGUUGAGCAGAAACGGGCACUCCGGCCCUUCGAGCGAGGCUACUGGCAGCUGGAAUGGAGCGGCUGGCGGCCCACACUUCGCGAGCGCGCAUGGCACUUCCUCACGGAUUACAUUCUCGAGGGCUUCGCCGGCUGGGGGGUUUGGUGCAAGCGUGCCGAGGACUGGACCUGGCUGCGGGUCUACUGCUGGGGCCACAUCGCAGGUCAUGUUUACCUGGCCCUGUACCUCGCGAGCGAGAGGGCGUUGAAGAAGGAGGCGGCGAGGUGGUUGGAUGGCGCUGGUGAUGUCGUGGUCAUCACCCACGGACAUCAGAACUCCGAGUCCGGGGAGAGCAUGGACGAUGGGUCGAAUGAUGGGACGGGAGACGGGACAUAG